AUGCAGUGUCGGUACUCAAGCAUCCUUACCAAAAUGUUUUGUUUUACGAAAAAUAAAAUAUUGUUACCAGUUCAACUCAAGAAACUUGGCGAACAUACUUAUAAAUGUGAGAGCCGAAGUCUUACCGAUGUGUAUCUGCAACCCUUUUGGAAUUGGCUAGUAUUAAAAACACCCAUAUGGAUGGCACCUAACUUAAUUACACUAAUUGGACUGAUCGUAAAUGUUGUCACUACACUGGUGAUUAUACGUUAUAGUCCAGAUGCUAAUUCAGAAAUUCCUAGAUGGGCAAGCUUUUUGUGUGGUUUUGGUUUAUUUGUUUAUCAGAGCUUGGAUGCCAUUGAUGGGAAGCAAGCUCGAAGAACUGGUUCUUCUUCACCCUUAGGAGAAUUAUUUGAUCAUGGUUGUGAUUCUGUUUCUACUGUGUUCAUUACAUUGUCAGCCUGUGUGUCAGUAAAACUAGGAGAAUACCCAUCAUGGAUGUUUUUGCAAAGUUUUUUUGCUGUUGCCUUAUUUUAUUUUGCUCAUUGGCAGACUUAUGUUUCUGGUACAUUACGUUUUGGUAAGUUUGAUGUCACAGAAACACAACUAUCUAUUAUAUUUCUUCAUUUAAUGUCCGCUGUUUUUGGUACCGGUAUUUGGGAUUAUGAAAUUCCUUUUUUGAAUGUCAAGCUGAAGUUUGUAUUACUGCUUACAACAUUAGCUAUAUCGAUAAUUUUAGCCAAAUCAAAUGUAUCUGUCAUACUUACUGGUGGUAUUGGCAAAAAUGGAUCUUCAGUAGCCGGUACCAGUGUUUUGUCUCCUGCUAUUCCUCUUUUGUUAGUGGUUCUGCCUGGAUAUAUCAUUGCUUGCAAGAGUACCGAGAAUAUUUAUGAAACUCAUCCUGUACUUUACAUAAUGGCAUUUGGUUUAGUUACUGCUAAAAUAACAAAUAAACUUGUGAUUGCUCAUAUGACUAAAAGUCCAAUAGAAUAUGUCGAUUCCACGCUUAUAGGCCCAGCCAUGUUAUUUUUAAAUCAAUAUUUUGAUUCGAUUUUGCCAGAAUACUAUGUGUUGUGUGUUUGCAUGGCAUGGACUGUUAUUGAUCUAGCAGUAUACUCAAUAUUUGUUUGCAAAGAAAUAUGUGAUCAUUUACGAGUUUACUUAUUUUAUAUAACUACUACUACAUCAACUGCAAAAUCUGGCGCUUCUUUUAAAAUUACAGGUACACAUAGUAAAAAUGGUAGCAACAAUUCAAGUGGCUUGUAUCAACAGUUUAAAUAUCCAUCUACAUUUACUAGUUUUAUAUAUCCAUCAAAAACGAAAACAAAAUAA